UGACCUCUCUCUCUCUCUCUCUCUCUCUCUCUCUCUCUCUCAUAUCUAAGAACCCUUUGCAUCCACCCAUCAAAAGUCCACAACAAAAUCAGAACCACCCAACAAUGGACCCAAAGACCAAAACCAUCACCACCCCAUAUCUCCUCCUCACUCUCCUCUUCUGUCUACUCCACCCUUCUACAGCCUCCAACACCACCACAGACCAACUUUCCCUCCUCCAAUUCAAAUCCUCCAUAACCACAGAUCCCGAACGAAUUCUCGACUCAUGGACCACAAACACCACAUUCUGCAACUGGACCGGCAUCACCUGCGGGUCAGCCGAUCAGCGCGUAAUCGCCCUUACAUUACCCAACCUACGCCUAUCAGGAACUCUAUCACCCCAUAUUGCCAAUCUCUCAUUCCUCCGCACGCUCGACCUCCAAAAUAACACCUUCCAAGGUCCACUUCCUAGAGAAUUCGGCAACCUAUUCCAAUUGCAAGAUCUCUUAUUAGCUUGGAAUCGCCUAAACGGAAGAAUACCGUCUUCUUUGAGCUCAUGUUCGAAGCUCCAACAGCUUGAUCUGUCUGAUAAUGAAUUCGAAGGACUGAUUCCGUCUGAAUUGAGCAGCCUAGCAGAGCUUCAGAUCAUGAUCCUUGCAAACAAUCAUCUGACAGGUCAUAUACCAUCUUCCUUUGGGAAUCUAUCAUCAGUCAACAAUCUAAUUUUACAGGGAAAUCAGCUGAACGGAUCGAUACCGGCCGAACUAGGCCGUCUUCAAAAGCUUGUGAAUAUACAGUUCAGCGGCAAUAAUCUAACGGGUGAAAUCCCAUCUUCGAUCUUCAAUAUUUCUUCUCUGAUGCAUUUCAAGGUCACAAAUAACCAGCUGACGGGUAGUCUCCCAUCGGAUCUGUUCUUUAAAUUGCCAGAUCUAAUGAUUCUCUAUGUAGCCAUGAAUCAGCUGACAGGGCUGAUUCCAUCUUCUCUCUCCAAUGCUUCAACCCUUGAAGAAGCUGAUUUCUCUCGGAACAGCUUCAGUGGCCGGAUUCCAAUGUUGGGCAAUUUACCAAGCAUCGUAAAAUUGAAUUUCGAGUUCAAUCAGCUGGUUAGCGACGGGCCAGACGGGUUGGAUUUCAUCACAUCCCUGUCGAAUUCCCGCCGUCUUGAAAUCUUUUCAGUUGGCACGAAUCAGCUGACGGGCAGCCUUCCGUCGUCAAUUGCAAACCUUUCCAGGACACUUAUGAUGCUAGAGAUGGAAUACAAUCAGAUAGAAGGAACCUUGCCAGCUGAAAUCGGAAACCUGGUUAACCUGACCAUGUUAUCAGUUAGGUACAAUUCACUGUCGGGAAGGAUCCCAUCAACCGUCGGGAAUCUCCAAAAUCUACAGAAGCUUUCCUUGCAGGGGAAUUCCUUCAAUGGGUCGAUUCCUGAAUCUCUUGGGAAUUUAUCAGAACUGUCUGAAUUGAGCUUGAAUAACAACCAUUUAACAGGAACUAUUCCUGAAACUCUUGCGAAUUGCCGCCGUCUUCAGUCUCUAGACCUCUCUUCAAAUGGCCUUGAAGGAAUAAUACCGGAAGAGAUAUUCGGCAUCCCCAGCCUCGCACUGCUCUUCAAUCUAUCACACAAUUCUCUAAGUGGGCCGCUCCCGGCUGAGAUUGGAAAACUACAGACGGUCCAGUCGAUCGACGUCUCCGAGAAUCAGUUAUCAGGGGAGAUACCCGCUUCGAUUGGAGACUGCCGGAGUCUGGUGAAUUUGGGCAUGGCAGGAAAUUCAUUCCAAGGUCCGAUCCCGAACCAAGUUGGUAAUUUGAGAGGUUUAGAGAUCAUUGAUCUCUCAUCAAACAAUCUAUCAGGCUCGAUCCCAACUUCUUUAGAGUCUCUCCAGUUCCUUCAUUCCUUGAAUCUCUCCAUGAACAAUCUCCAAGGUGAGGUGCCGGAAGGAGGGGUCUUUACGAACUCCACCGCCAUCUCUCUUGACAGGAAUCCAAACCUCUGUGGGGGAGGAGCGACUUUGGGGCUACCCAAUUGCAGUGGGACUAGAAACAAACGGUCUAGUUCAAAAGUGAAGGUGAUCAUAGGAGUGGUGGUUGGCGUCUCUGCGCUCUGCUUCCUCUGUAUUGUCUUCUUGUUGCUUUCAAAGAAGAGGAAAUCAGAGAAAAUUCUAACAUCCGAUGUGAUUUCAUUUGAUGGAACCCACACCCAUCAGACAAUGUACACAUACUAUGAUCUUAGGGCUGCGACAGACAACUUCAGUGAGAAGAACUUGAUCGGAGAAGGGAGUUUCGGGUCAGUUUACAGAGGAGUUCUGCGAGAUGGGACCAUGGUGGCAAUCAAGGUCUUCAAGAUGGACCGGCGGGACGUAUCCAAGAGCUUCAUUGCUGAGUGUGAGUCCAUGCGUAACAUCCGGCACCGGAACCUGGUCAGGAUCAUAAGUGCCUGCUCAAGCAGUGUGUUCAAGGCAUUGGUCUUGCCAUUCAUGCCGAAUGGGAGCUUGGAGAGUUGGCUACAUGAGACGGAUGAUGAUUUGAAGGGAAGAGAGCAGAGGUGGCUCGAUCUGAGGCGGAGGUUGGAGAUUGCGGUCGGCAUUGCAGAUGCAAUGGAGUACCUGCACCAUGAUUGUGAGACUCCAGUGGUGCAUUGCGAUUUGAAACCAAGCAAUGUUCUUCUUGAUAAGGAUAUGAAUCCACAUGUGGGUGAUUUCGGGCUUGCGAAGAUGAUUCUUCAGAACACCUCCAAUCAUCAGUUAACUAGCACGAUGGAGCUUAAAGGAUCGAUCGGAUACAUUCCUCCAGAAUAUGGUUUGCGAGGUGGGGUAUCAACUAGAGGAGAUGUGUACAGUUAUGGAAUACUUCUGUUGGAGCUUUUCACCAGGAAGAAGUCGACGGAUGAGAUGUUCGGAGGGGACCUAACACUGCGGAAAUGGGUGGCGAUGGCGCUUCCUGACCGAGUUAUGGACAUUAUAGAUAGUGAAUUGAUAGAAAAAGAGCAGAUGUGGGUAGACUGUUUGAUCUCAGUAAUGAAAUUGGGUUUGCAUUGUUCAGUUGAUUCACCCGAAGAGCGGCCAACGAUGAGAAAUGUAACAUUGAUGAUCAAAGCUGCUAGGGAGAUGCUCAAAUAAGGUGGAUGGCCCCAUAUUUCUUUUUUCUUUGUAAUGUAUAUACAUUUAAUUCAGUUAUCAAGAAAAGUAAAGGCCUGUUGAGGAAUUUGGGAAAUCCACGGAUUUGGCAUCUACCCCUUUUGCUUUUCAUUGGAGAUUUGUGAAAUCGAUGGAUUUCCCAAAUCCAUACUCCAUAUGGGAUCAUUUGGGAGCUUGUAAAUGGAAUUUCCAAUUGUAUUUAGUAGUAUGUAAAAUGAAUACACUGGAAUCCAAAUAUUUUGUUUGGAUGUCUGUUUUUU